UACAAGUUAUGCUAGCUAAGAUUAGAGAUACAAACUUAUAUACAAUCCCAAAUUUUAACCAAGCAUAGUAGUUUUACAACCUAUCAUUUUGCCCAUGUUUAGAAUAUGUUACUGUAUGGGUUAGUUUUGUAUACACUGAUAAUGAUGAGUUGAUGUUUCAAGUGUUUAAAGUUAUGAUCAUGAAACAAUUUGCAACCUAUCAUGUCUCUGUUUAAUGGUUAUUCCAUUUGUGAAGUUGGCAAGGAUGCAACUGGUAUUGCUGGUACUUAUUCUUUCUCUAUGUGUCAUGGAUAUUUUUAUCACAUGGAUGCAGCUGGUAUUGCUGAUACUUUUUCUUUCCCCAAUGUGAGAAUGUUUGGAUUAUUGCUGGCAGUUUUGGGAAUAUGUGGGAUCAUACUAGUUGGGAGUUUGAAAAUAACCUAUAGUUCCAUGCGCCGAAUGUUUGUUGGAUUCUUGAGUUGUGCUUCUCUGAUUUCAAUGUUUGCCUCUCCAUUGUUUAUAAUCGUAAGUUUUACACUUCCUAGAUAUAUCAAUGGAAUACUG